AUGAUACAGGUGUUGGUUGUUGUAUUACUGUCGAUAAGUGGUGUAUGGUGUGGUGUUUGUGGUAUGGCAUUGGAUUGUCGCACAUGUUUAUCGACCAUCGACGGCAUUUUACCUUGUCAGUAAGUUGUGUUUAUAAUAAGUAUUGCUUUAAUUUUAGCUACAGCCUAGUAUUAUGACAAUUCAGUAUAAAAACUUUGUUUUAGGUGGUGCACAUCAACGUUUAAAUGCUCAAACUCACUUGAAAUUCUAUCAACCUGUCAGGCAGAAGGGCGUGUCACUUUAUGUUAUGACUGUCCUCUAGCUCCAAAUGCACAGCACGUUUAUGUGGACUCAUUUGCACGACAAAAAGCACUACCGUUCAUAGCGGCCGCCAAUGCCAAAGACGAUUUUACUGUAACAUUUUGUACUUAAGGUUUUUAUCGUAUAACAAAAAAAAUUUUUUUUUUUAAUUUUAAAAAUUUUUUAUUAAAAAAAUCAUUUUAAAUUAAAAAAUUAAAACUAAAUUUCCAGGCUCAAACUUGCCUUAGCAACAAUAUCCCAGGAACUGUUUUAUUAAAACGAUACUCAUUACCUUGUGAUCUCAUGUUGGUAAGCCUAAAAUUUAAAAAAGUGUAAAAGAAAACGUUAAUAUACCAUAUUAUAGUACAUUUUCAGCUCAAAAUAUAAUUUUAGAAUGAAUGUCUAGCAAUAAUAGGGUACUCGCCAAUUGAUAACGCCGUAAUUUUAACGUUUCGCAGUACGGACAGCACGUCGCAGGUUUGUGUACAGGAGAAACUAUAAUUUUAGUUAUCGACAUAAAGAACCAGCCAUACUUUUCCUGUAAUGUCCUGUAAAAAAUGGCGGGUUUUUUAUGUUGGCACCUAAUAUAUGACUAUUAUAAUUAAGUAUGUUGCUAUAUGUACUGUAAAUACGAUAAUGUACAUGAAUUUUCUUGUUACGUUAACACAACCAUAUUUAUAGCUCCUAGUAGAAGCCCUGAACUUUAUGUUCCAAACCACCAAAGAUUUUCAACCGGUCGGUGGAAAGGUUGUAGCCUACUUUUACGACGCUUUUUUUGCUUUAUGGAACGGUGGUUUAGAACGUGAAAUGACCAAAAUUUUACAAGAACGCCCAACAGCCAAUGUUUGGGUUUUUGGGCAUUCUUUAGGUGGAGCACUGGCUUCAUUAGCAGCAUCGUGGAUGUCACGACAUGGCAUGGUACAUUCUGAAAAACUGCGGUUUUUAAGUUUUGGUCAGCCCAGAACGGGGAAUUUGUUUUAUGCUCAAUCUUUUGAUUUACUGGUAGGUUAGGGUUAAUUUUAUAAAUUUAGAGAUAAGGUAAUACAUUUAUAGUUAAAAUUAUAAAUGUUAACAUUAAGUUUAAAAGGCUAAUUUUAAAGUUAUAAAGCUUAUUGUCACUUAUUUUAGGUGCCAUACAAAUAUCGAGUUGUUCAUCAAGGUGAUGUUGUAACAAAAUUACCAAUUAAAGUGCCUUUAACAGCGUUUACCUUUCAUCAUCAUCGUUAUGAAGUCAGUUUAGUAAAAAAUUUAAAAAUAUUAGGCGCCGACAUAAAGAACCCGCCAUUUUUUACAGGAAACUACAGGCAAAGUAUGGCGGGUUCUUUCUGUCGGCACCUAGUAUUUAAAAUUAAUUUUUAAAAUAUUUGAAUUUCUUUGCCUUAACAUUAAAAAUAUUUUUUUUUAUUAAAAAAAAAUUUAAAGUUUUUUUUUUCAUUUUUCGAAGCACAACGUUAACAACAAUAAAACCUAGGUAUACUAUCCAAACGACAUGACUAGCGCAGACCCUUUUAUGAUAUGUUUACGUGCUGAAGACCCGUGUUGUAGUCAGUCUUGUAACCAGAUUGGAGAUUGGAGUAUACAUCGUACUUAUUUUAAUGUCACUUUAUCUGAUUGGCCUAAUAUUGGAUGUCAACUACCUCGAGACUUGUACAAACUGUUUGGUACACCUUGGUGGGGUCAGCAGCGGCUUUAUGGUUAAAUUAUGGGACUGA